AUGGAUCAGCUUCUCACCAGUCUCUGGACAAGAGGCGGUUGGUUUCGCGCCUUUACACCACCUUCCUCUGCCGUCAACGAUACUAGUAGUAUCGCCUCUGUCCAAAAUGAGCCGCCCAAAGGAACUCCCAUCCUCAACAUCUCAUCAGAUGUCCUGCUCCUAAUCGGAGACUACUUGGAUGCUUCGGAUAUCCUCUGUCUAAAGCUUGCUUGUCGAAGCACUUAUGCGCUGUUCCCGCAAACUCUCAAGACAAUGCUCCCUGGCCAAAAGAAAGCAGUCCUCCCCCUCAUCGAAAAGGAUCAUCUGGGCAGAGGGACCUUUUACUGUGCCCACUGCAAUAAAUUACACGCUUUUCAGCCAACUACUGGACCUCAGGCAACAUUAGCAGACACUGGAGAGAGACCCAAGCACGGCAAAUGUUCCCGUCGAGAUCGAUUCUCUCCCCUCAACAAUCCCUUUGGCCUCAGUUACGCUCAUGCUAGGCUGGCUGUGAAUCGUCACUUGUACGGCGCCGAACACGGCAUCCCGCUGGCCAAUUUGUGUAUCGAGCACAGCGAACAGCGAGACAAGACCACCAUCAAAUGCUCAACCUCGGCCAAAAUGAUGGAUGGAGAGCUGUUCUUGCGGCGCACUUACGUCUUCGCUGUGGCUGAGACUGAUGUGGCCGCUUUCCGCAAGGGUACUGGCGCGCGCGACUUCAAGCUGUGCGAGCACACUUCGUUCUUUUCCGGCUCUUCGGCCUUUCAACAGUACAUUCCAGAGCUGCAGAGGAGGCCACUUACUGGCGGCUACAACCUGGUGCCCUGCCGCGAGGCUCCGGGAUCCUGUGGCUUGUGCCUGAUGGACUAUGACAUCACAAUCGAGCCUUGCAUAUUUGCGGAUAGCAGCAUCAAGUCGUGGAAAAUUGUCAUCAGAGCCACCCACCAGCUCGGCGAUUGCCGUUCUCCUGAAGACUGGAAAUGGGCACGAUUCACUGAAGCUCGCCGACCGCAUCUCUUCUUCCCGAAUCGACCUAAUCGUCGCGGGUCGACUUACAGUCCUGGCAUGGUCCAGAAGCGAUGGACCGACGACGAGAUGGAGGCCUGUGCGGUGCUGGACGGACCAGAGUCCAAUAGGGGCUUGUUUGGCCUAUCUUUCUUCAGCUAG